UGAAGUGAUUCAUCAUGGACGGGGUGCGGUAAACGGGAAGUGGUGCUGCUUCACUUCGCAAACAUUUCCAGUCGUGCUGAGAGACACAGGGAGCUUUAAGGAAAUUCUUACAACAGCCUGAAGUCGGUCUGAUACUCAGUCUAAAGUUUCUGCACGCUGUCGGUUUGUUUUCUAUUCGGGACGCGUUAGUUUUGGUUAUUUUUCCUCCACCCCCCAGUAAUAUCACCCACAUUACGGUUAUAUCCACCUGUGUGUGUGUGUGUGUGUGUGUGUGAGUUUCAGAUUCAGCAAGCAGCCCUCACUAUGUCUGAUGGGGACUAUGAUUACCUCAUCAAGUUCCUAGCCCUGGGGGAUUCUGGGGUGGGAAAAACCAGCUUUCUGUACCAGUACACGGAUGGCAAGUUCAACUCUAAGUUCAUCACCACAGUGGGCAUAGACUUCAGAGAAAAGAGGGUGGUGUACAAGUCCAAUGGACCUGAUGGUGCAGCUGGGCGGGGCCAAAGGAUACACAUCCAGCUGUGGGACACGGCCGGCCAAGAGAGGUUCAGGAGUCUGACCACGGCCUUCUUCAGAGAUGCGAUGGGUUUCCUGUUGCUGUUUGAUCUGACGAACGAGCAGAGCUUCCUCAACGUCAGGAACUGGAUGAGUCAGCUGCAGAUGCAUGCGUACUGCGAGAACCCCGACAUCGUGCUGUGUGGGAACAAGUGUGAUCUGGAGGACCAGCGAUUCGUUAAGGAGGAGGAAGCUCGAGAACUUGCCAGUAAAUACGGGAUCCCGUACUUUGAGACGAGCGCGGCGAACGGUGACAACGUCUCCCAGGCCGUGGAGGUCCUGCUGGAUCUGAUCAUGAAGCGCAUGGAGAGGUGUGUGGACCGGUCGUGGAUCCCUGACGGCACCAUGCGCUCCAACGGGCACAGCGGCAGCGAGAUGGUCGAACCGCCGAUGCAGGAGAAGAGCAAGUGUGCCUGCUAGUGGCCGAGCGCUGCCAUCGCGCCAUCUUGUUAUCAAAACAUUCACUUAAAUCAGCACGUAAAACAGUGGCCACUAGUGGCUGAAUGGCACCAUUACACCUUCUUAUACUGUUAUUGACUGGAUUCGUCUUUAUGCUUUAUACAGUAAUCAGGCCUGAGGUUUUCCAUAAAGAAUUAGACAGUAAUUAAAACAAAUAGAACACAAAUUUGACAAAUAACAUUCAAUUCGGACCAGUAGAUACAAGUUCACAUCCUCUGAAAUGAGGAACACUCAAUAAAGUGUCCCAAGUGUGUCAGAUUAUUCCUAACCGCUGGUCUCUCAGGUGAAGAGAGGCAUUUUCCUCUAUGUGUGCGUGAUAAUGACUGUAAAUUGCCCAAUUUUUGGAUUUAAAGGCCGUGUGUGUGUGUGUGUGUGUGUGUGUGUGUGUGUUUACUCACUAGAUAUAAUGGACUGUAGAUUGAAUGGCUUGGACUGGGAGGGUGGGAUGGGUUACACAGAGAAAAUCUGUGUGUGUGUGUGUGUGUGUGUGUGUUAACUUUUUAUCAGCUUGAUGAAAAUAAGGAUAAAUACUUUGAAAAAAAAAGUGAUUUACUAAAAUACAGAUAAAACCGUGGCGCUAGCGUUGAUCCUGCCGUUAAAUUUAGACAUUUAGUAACGGAGGUCUGUCUUACAACAUCUUAAACCUAAACACUUUUUCAGUGAUGUAGGACAUGAGUGUUAGAAUCUCAUUUUCCGCGCUUACAGGAAGACGCUGUGUAAUAAGGCCACACUGUUCGAGGAAACAUGGUAUGAGCACCAGACACACCUAUAGACAUUAACCAAACCUCAUAGCAGAGCUGAACGCUAGUGUGUUACAUAGGUGGCCAUCUUGGAAAGCCACCAUGGCGUUCUCUUUAGCUUGAGCUAGUUUUGGAAUCGCCACGCCUCUCUAGGCUCCGCCUCCACAGCAUUUAAAGACAUUGAAGUUCACGUGAAUAUCAUACAACGUGUGUGCGCGCGCUUAUGGAAAUAAUUUCAUUGGAAUAGACUUCCGUUAUUAGCCAAAGCGCGAUUCGAUGAUUUUUUUUUUUUCCCCUCUGAGUUUAAAGCUUAACUGUUGCCCAGCUAAGUUGGGUUUUAUAUUUGCGAUCGGUGAGGAGACUUCCUUUACACUUUAUUCAUUUCAGUUCUUCAACAUCGGCGUAAUACUGUCCAAUGCGUGCGAUGUAGUUAUCUCAGCGUCACGAAUCAUAGCGUUUCCUUUUUUAAUCAGAUGCUCAUAGGCGUAGUUUGGGGCACAUGAAAUGAUUUGAGAUUAAAUGAUUUUUCUGUAGGCUACAUCACGUUUCUUUUGGCGCUUGUUUUGUUCUUUUUGUUUUUUGUUUUGUAAUCAUCACGUCACUGGUUAAAUCAGGAUCGAGAGAAAACGUGAGCGAGGAACGUCGACUCGCUGUACAUUUCACUUUACCUCUGAAUGAAUGUAUGUAAUGAUACGACCUAACGCGUGCCGUUAGCUAUUAGACACAUCUGUAUAGACAGAUGUGGGGAAAACGAUCGUGUGUUACAGCAUUACAGCCCUUUAACACCCACUCUGUGCUGCACUAAGAUUCACACCUAAAGUGCCUAACCUAAUGUAUAGUCUUUAACACUGCAUCCAUGCCAAACACUGUCUCUAUGCCAAACCUUUUGUUUGUUUGUUUUUCAGAAAAUAAAUAUAUUUUAUUAUUUAUUAAAAUGGCUUUACAAAGCAA